AUGGAGACAACAUCAUUAGGUGGCGACCAGCCAUGGGCCCAUGCGAUCAUCUCGACGGCAGCCACUCUGGCACGACGAGAUACGCAGCAGGCGGGCGAUGGCCAGAAGAGCGAAGGCAUCGGCAUUGUCAGCUUCUUGACGGCCAUUUUGGUCUCCGUCAUCAUUUUCUUCGUACAGCUUUUACUUUUUAUGCUUCUAAGGAACAAACUAGCAAGGGUUUUCAAGCCAAAGACGUAUCUUGUCCCCGAGCGCGAACGAACCGACUCGCCGCCAAACAACUUCUUUACCAUGAUUAGGGCCCUGAUCAUGUACAAUGACCGACAAGUCAUUAACAAGUGCGGGCUGGACGCUUACUUUUUCCUUCGAUAUCUGAAAACCCUCCUCAUCAUCUUUAUCCCCAUCUGCGCCAUCGUGGUGCCCAUCUUGGUUCCUAUCAACUAUGUUGGCGGUCGCGGCAAAAAUAUUGAUUUCCGCACCAACAGCACUAGUUCGAGCACCAACAGCACCGAUCCUGCCUUUGUACCUACAGGCCUGGACACUUUGGCCUGGGGUAAUGUCAAGGCGACGGAGACUGGUCGCUACGCCGCUCAUCUGGUGAUGGCGAUUCUUGUCAUCCUCUGGGUCUGUGGAGUCAUCUUCUUCGAGAUGCGCGCGUACAUCAAAGUUCGUCAAGACUACCUGACCAGUGCGGAGCACCGACUCAGAGCCUCUGCCACAACAGUGCUUGUCAACUCCAUCCCCUCCAAGUGGCUCAGUGAGGAUGCGCUGUCUGGCUUGUUCGACGUCUUCCCAGGUGGCAUUCGGAAUAUCUGGAUCAAUCGUGAUUUAACAAGUCUCCUGGAGAAAGUUGAGCUUCGAAAAAAUAUUCACGCCCAGCUCGAGACCGCCGAGACUGAGUUGAUUCGGGCAGCCAAGAGAGCCCAACUUAAAAAGCGAAAUGCUGAAGAAAAGAAGCAGCGCAAAGGGCUAUCGAAGCAAGAAAAAGCCACUCGCCAAGCUGAGGAAGAUGCAGAGGCCAAACGAAUGGCCAACAGUGGCGAAGGAACCAAUGAUGGAAAGAAGCACCACAUCCCGCACACAAUACACAAACUCCACAACGUCCAAGAGGAAUCCGAUGAAUCAUCCUCGGACUCUGAGGAUGGCCGGAGGUCGCAUUCAUCUGAUGGUAGCAGCGUGGCAGUGCUAAGGAAUAUCAAGGGAGCUUUUAACAAGGCUGGCGAUCAGAUGGAUGAAUUUGGGACAAACAAUGGCUUUAUAACUCUGGGACGCAAACCGACAUCCGCUGGAGAGGAUGACGCUCCAACUCGAGGUUAUCAGUCUUUUGAAGCCCAUCGCACGCAAACACAUUCGCGAGGACCAUCAAAUGCCUCGACCAGUUCCGCCAGAGCUAUUCGACAGAAUGGACCGGUUACGGUGGAAGGAAACACGGUUCGAAAGCUCGAAAACAUCGAAGACAUGUACAACAUGGAAGAACCAAAGUUCUGGGAGUUUUGGAAAACACCUGCUGGUGGAUACGCCUCUCCCGUCCCUCAGCAGAAUGAGGGAGACGACUAUAUAGGCAAGCAAGGAUCUGAAAAGAGGACGGUGUGGCAAAAUAUAAAGGGCGUCCUUCCUUUUACGAGCCAAAAGGCCACCGAGACGGGCGACUACCCCGCUGUCUACUUCAACGAGGACUAUAAAGUGGAGGAAGAAGAAACUCAGGCCGAGUGGGCGAAAUAUCUCAGGAAAAAGGAUCGUCCUACCCAUCGACUACCGCCCUGGGGAGUCUCAUGGCUGCCCGGCCUUCCGCUGUUUAACACAAAGGUCGAUACCAUUUAUUGGUGCAGAACCGAGCUGGCCCGGUUGAAUAUGGAAAUUGAGGAAGAUCAGCAGCAUCCCGAGCGGUUCCCCUUGAUGAAUUCGGCCUUUAUACAGUUCAACCACCAGGUGGCUGCCCACAUGGCUUGCCAGAGCAUCAUCCAUCAUAUCCCCAGACAAAUGGCGCCACGAGUGAAUGAGAUUUCGCCCCGAGAUGUCAUUUGGAGCAACAUGGCCCUCUCUUGGUGGCAGGAAUGGGUUCGCACUGGUGCCGUCACCCUCAUUGUGUUGGCCAUGAUCUUCCUGUGGGCGAUUCCUGUAGCAUGGACGGCCGCUUUGGGUCAGCUGGAUCAGCUUAUCCAACAGACAUCUUGGCUCGCCUUCCUGAGGGAUAACAAAGCUCUUGAGAAUGCGGCCAAGGGUAUUGCAGGUGUUCUUCCAGCUGCUGUGCUCGCUUUGCUCCUCUUCCUUGUACCGAUGAUUCUGAAUAUUCUUGCUGAGAUCAAAGGCGCCAAGACGGGAGCCCAAAAGUCGGAGUUUGUUCAAAUCUUUUAUUUUGCCUUCCUCUUUGUCCAGGUUUUCCUGAUCGUCUCUAUUGCCUCGUUCUUUGCCGCUUCGAUUGACAAACUGGUCGACAACAUUGCGGAGCUCGACUCUGUCAAGGCCGUUUUAGAUCUCCUCGCAACGAAUUUACCCAAGGCCGCCAACUAUUUCUUUUCUUACAUGAUUCUCCAGGCCAUGUCCACCAGUUCCGGUACUUUGUUGCAGAUCGGUGCCCUCUUUGUAUGGUUCAUUUUGUCUCGGUUGCUGGACAAUACCGCACGCAGCAAGUGGUCUCGAAACACUACGCUGAGUGAUGUCAACUGGGGAACAUUCUUUCCCGUCUACACAAACUUUGCCUGCAUUGCCAUCAUCUACAGCGUCGUCGCGCCGCUCAUUUCUAUCUUUGCCGUCAUCACGUUUGGGCUCCUCUGGGUUGCUCAGCGGUAUUCCAUGCUUUACGUUACUCGAUUUGAAGUCGAUACUGGUGGUGUGCUGUACCCUCGAGCACUCAAUCAAACGUUUACGGGCAUUUACGUUAUGGAGCUCUGCUUGGCCGGCUUGUUUUUCAUUGUAGUAGAUGAGUCUGGCACCCAUACUUGCACGCCGCAUGGUAUCGUCAUGAUCGUGGUCUUGGUCCUCACCAUUCUUUACCAAAUCCUUCUCAACAACUCAUUUUCACCCCUGUUCCGAUAUUUGCCCAUCACAUUUGAAGAUGAGGCUGUGCUCCGUGAUGAAGCCUUCCAGCGAGCUCAGGACCGUCGCUUUGGGCUAUCGGGCGACUCAGACAAUGAGGAUAACGAUGAUGCUGAAGGCGGCAAAAGGGAGAGGGGCGCUACAGCAGAAAAGGCUUCUACCUCGAUGGAGGGCAGAGAAGAUAUCGAGCUGAGCAACAUCCCAUCAGCAAAGGGAAAAGUGCGAAUUGCAAACCCUGUGAAGAAAGUGGGAUCCUGGGCCAAAGGAGGCGGAAAGCAGGUGGGAUCAUGGGCAAAAGACGGCGGCAAUCAACUCCGAAAGUUGGCUAUGAUGGACAACAACUCUCAGGCUGCUGAAUAUCGGCGAAAACAACGAAGCAAGGAUCUCGAAGCGCAGCGUGCCAUAGGAGACGCGCUGUACGGAGGGAUCCACGACGAAAUCGAAGACCUUACCCCAGAGGAGAGAGAUGUCCUGGUUCGACACGCCUUCCUUCACUCGGCUCUGCGAGCCCGCCGACCUGUCGUUUGGAUUCCUCGAGACGACAUGGGCAUAAGUGACGACGAGGUCCGCCGAACCCAAAAGUAUAGCGAGCACAUUUGGAUCAGCAACGAGGGCACGGCGCUUGACAGCAAAGUGCGAGUGGUGUACGGCAGAUAUCCGCCAGAUUUCUCAGAGAUUGACCUGAUUAACUUGUGA